GCCAGAGAGGUGGCUCCCUCGUCCGCUCCUCAGUCACACUCCGCGCACUCACACACUUGGAAGCGCCUCCCCACGUCCCUCCCCUGCCCUUCUCUCGCUCUGCUCUUCUCUCGCUCACCACAAAUAGUCGCCGACCGACUGCCAAUCCGCCUCUCUCUCCCUCUCUCCACAACAUGACUGACUGGGAAGCGGUGGCUCAGGCAGAGCAGCUCUGCGGGCGCGGGCAGGAGGAGCAGGAGGAUUAUUAAAUAACGCAGCUCCACUCUGUACUACUGGGAGUGGAGAGAAGGAGCCCAACAUCCGAGAAGGGGAGGGAGGGCGGAGGAGGGGGACCGGGAAGGACAGUCCCGUGCCCCGAAGACAAAAAUCCCCGAGUGCCCGGGAGGAGCCUAACAAGCGGCGCGGAGCCCUCAAGGUUACUAAGUUAGCUAUCGCAGCACAAGCCUUGGAGUCCCAAUGGGGGACUCUGGAUCAAGACGAUCUACUCUGGUCUCCCGGUUGCCAAUUUUCAGAAGGAGUAUUAGCAGAAAACACGAUUCCCUUCCUUCUUCACCCUCCUCAAGUAAUACAGUCGGUGUCCACAGUUCCUCUCCUUCCAGCACUAACUCAAGCUCAGGUAGUACAGGUAAACGCAGAAGCCUCUUCCGUACUCCGUCCAUCAGCUUUCAUCAUAAGAAGGGGAGUGAACCUAAGCAAGAACCUACCAACCAGAACCUUAGUAUUUCAAAUGGUGCUCAACCUGGUCAGAGCAGUAUGCAAAAACUGAGUUUGGAAGAACAUACUAAAGCCAGGGGAAGACAUUCUGUUGGUUUUAGCACUUCCCGAAAUAAGAAGAUAACAAGAUCUUUGACAGAGGAUUUUGAAAGGGAAAAGGAACACUCGACUAACAAGAAUGUCUUCAUAAAUUGCCUAAGUUCUGGGAAAAGUGAGGGGGAUGAUUCUGGGUUCACAGAAGAACAGACUCGCCGUUCUGUUAAGCAGUCAACAAAGAAGCUUCUUACUAAAUCUUUCUCAUCUCACUAUAAAUUUUCUAAGCCAGUUCCACAGAGCCAAUCUAUUUCAUUGGUACAACAAUCUGAAUUCUCAUUGGAAAUUACACAGUACCAAGAACGGGAACCUGUAUUAAUAAGAGCUUCUCCAUCUUGUUCUGUGGAUGUAACAGAACGGGCAGGUAGCUCUUUACAAUCUCCGUUGCUUUCUGCUGAUCUUACUACAGCUCAGACACCUUCAGAGUUCUUAGCCUUGACUGAAGAUUCUGUGUCUGAAGCGGAUGCAUUUCCUAAAAGUGGAAGUAUGGCAUCCCACUGUGACAACCUUGGCCACAAUGAUUCUACCUCUCAGAUUUCUCCUAAUCCUGCUGCUGUUACAAAGACCACAAGAGACCUUAGGGGAACCGUUCCCUGUGCAAUUGUGUCUCCUGGGAAAUACAGAUUAGAAGGUCGAUGUAGCACUGAAUCUAAUUCUUUCCCGGAAAUCUCUGCUGCUAAUCAGAAGGAAGUGUUAUUGCAAAUCAGUGAACUACCUGUUAUGAAUGGGAGUGACUCAGAGACUCACCUCUCAAAUGAUACAAGAGAAGAGCAUAUGGUAAUACAAAAUGGUGAGACAAUGUUGGCAACAAGCUCCCCAAGGAAAUUUGGAUUUUAUGAGCACCAUAAAGCGAUAGCUGAACGUGUGAAAGGGAUCCAGCCUAUUUCAGAUUCAAGGAUAAUACCCUCUUCUGGUGAUCAUCAUGUUUUAAACAAAACUUCAUAUGGAUAUGAUGCAAAUCCUGCCAAAGUUCUUGCCAGUAGCCUCAGUCCAUACCGUGAAGGAAGAUUUAUAGAGAGGCGACUGCGAUCCUCAUCAGAAGGGACUGCAGGGAGUAGCAGGAUGAUUUUGAAACCAAAAGAUGGAAAUGUAGAAGAAGUUAAUAGUCUAAGGAAGCAAAGAGCAAGUUCAUCAUCUUCAAAAAUGAACAGCAUGGAUGUUUUGAAUAAUUUGGGCUCUUGUGAACUGGAUGAAGAUGAUCUAAUGCUUGAUUUGGAAUUUUUAGAGGAACAGAAUCUUCAUCCUUCAGUUUGCCGGGAGGAUUCAUACCAUUCUGUGGUUUCAUGUGCUGCUGUAGUUCUCACUCCUGUGGAACCCACAAUAGAGAUGAAGAAAAGAGAAGAACUCAAGUUUCGUGAACCUUCAAAACAGAACCUUUCCCUGAAAUUAGCGAAAGAUGUUGAUCAGGAAGCCAGGUGUUCCCAUAUCAGGGGAGUGCCUAGCAGUCCGUCUGCAGAUUGGCCCCUGCCAAGUGUUGAAGAAAAUGGAGGCAUAGAUUCUCUGCCAUUCAGACUGAUGUUACAGGACUGCACAGCCGUCAAGACAUUAUUAUUAAAGAUGAAGAGAGUUCUUCAAGAGAGUGCAGAUAUGAGCCCAGCAAGUAGCACCACUUCACUUCCAGUUAGUCCUCUUGCUGAAGAGCCUUUGCCUUUCAAGGAUAUAAUGAAAGAUGAAUGCUCAAUGCUGAAGCUGCAGCUGAAGGAGAAGGAUGAACUAAUUUCCCAGCUUCAGGAAGAACUGGAUUUGAAUAGCUCAACUGGAAUUCCAUCACCUCCACCAGCUUUGUUUGUACUGUUGCUUCCUAAGACCCACUUGACUUCACACUCCAGGAUGUCUGGCUCUAGGAAAAAGUUCAGCACUUACAGAAGGCUUUUGCUUCGAGAGUAGAUAAAUCCACACAAACUGAACUUCUAGGCUAUGAUGCCCUGUGGAAUCCUACAUGCACUGAAGGUUUAUUUAAACCAGUACAUAAUAUUUCAACCUAGCUUACAUCAUUAUUUGAUAAUAAAUGUAUCACAAAUCUGACAUGCUACAUAUCAAAUCAAUUUUUCAUUAUUUCUUGCAUUAGCUAUUUCUCAGUAUAUAAUACAGAAAUGUUUCCAUUCCAAAUAUUUCACACUUUUUGUAUUUGUACACAAUUGCAUAAACUAUUAGUGGAUGUGGUUUAAACUAACAUUCCUACCUUGCUGUAUUUUUAAAACAAAAAUAGACCUUUAAUUUUAAAUCAUCUCUAUAUGCAGCUGUUCUAAAUAUAAUAUUCCACUUGGCAGUACAUAUUUUUUCUUUAACCUUCUCAUCCACGUCAUUUGUGUCUCUGGUUAUAGUCUUUGUUUAAUUUCACUAUAUAUUCUAUGUAUAUUAGAUAAAUUUGAAAGCAGUGAUUCUAAUUAGGCCCAUCAUUGCAUAACAGUUCUUACUGAAGAACUAAAUUGCCUCUAUUUUUCCCUUGCAUUGAGAUCAGAAGAUGAAAAUAUAUGUCUUCAAAUGAAGUAAAUCGUGAGGAGUCUUAUUCUCUCUGUAGAUAGUAAAAAAUUUAUUUAUAUCUCUAAACAAGUGAAGAAAGUUUAUUGGCUAUUGACCUCAUAUUGAGGGGAAGUUUGUUCAAUGUCUCAUUAAAAAAAUAAAAAACCCUGUCUCCUGGACUUGGCAUCACUGCCUGA